GUGGCUCCUCCUCCUCGUUCUCUGCUCCCACAUGUAACGUUACCAGCCUCUCCUCCGUCUGUUGCAUUGUCUCAUUGGGGACGCAGCGACCAGAGCGCAGCACCAUGGUGAGACUACUCCACUGGACCGGGCAGAUUAUGAGUGAUAUUAAGAGGGACGGUGUCAACAGGAAAUCAAGCCAAGAUUCAUGAGAGACAUUUUGAUUCGGUGCACCAGAGGAUCCAGUCCAGUCUUGUGCCAGUCAGCAGGGCUGCCUUAGGCUUAGUGCUGCAUGGCAUGUUAGAGAUGGUGAGGAUUAUAUUUUUCUGGUAACUAAAACGGCUACGAAAAUGGUAUCGCUUACAAGGACAGUGUUUCCUGAGUCCGGACCUUAGCCCAUUCAGCCCCCCUUAGCACGGAAACAGCGCUGGUCAGUGGUGCGCCCGGUUCCCCCCUGCCGGCCGGGCACCCCGACGAGGAUGGCCAGCCGCCGCGGCUGCGUGAACUCGCUUUGGUCGGGCACGGAGCGCGUCCGCAUCGGAGAGCGCCUCAGAGCGACCCUGGCCGGGGUGCUGGAGCUGGAGGUGCUCAGGUGCAAACACCUGGAGAUGGUGGACUGCGCUCUUGAGGACAGAGCCCACGCUGCCGCCAACGCAGAAGAAGAGCCACGGGUGGGGAAGGAGGAGGAGGAGGAGGAGGAGGAGGAGGAGGGGAGCGGGACCCCUGAGAUCGCCGCCACGGAUGCCGAGCAUGGCACUGCGACAUCCCGCAGGCAACAGGCUCCAUCUCACUCAGAUAACGUGGUUAUGCCCUGUCAGAGCAGCCAGGAGGACUGUAGCAGUAGUUCAGGCGAAGGGAUGGGCCACACCUCAUCUGGCAGGGGGGGUAACUCCCGCUGGUCAACACUGUCCUGGGAUGCUCCCUCUGACCUGCUCUCUCCACCAACGCCUGACCCCUGUGGUAUGAUCCAUCUGGACAGUGACUCCCGACCCAGUUCAGGUUUCUACUCCGUAAGUGGGAGCUCUCUUUCCGACUCUUGCUACUCAGUAUCCAGUGAUGCUGCUCAAGGAGGUUUGGUGCCACCGGCCAGACCUCUGAAGCUGUGGGAGCAGGUUCCUCCGUCUGCUGAAAACACUGAUAUCCUGUGGUCAGAAGGUGCAGUGCAGCAGCAGCAGCAGCCUGCACUGCAGAACAGCCAGGAGGAUACACUGACAGAAGAUACACCAGUAACAGUCCAAAGUGCCCUGAGCAAAACUGGCCUGAGCUUUCUGUCCGACCUCUGCUCAGAACUUGGUGACUCCCUGAUUCCUUCUCUCCUCCCACUUCUUGACCCCACAUCAGGCACCACUUCCUUCAAUCUACAACCCCAGCUGGACCCUCGCUAUUGCACAGACCUGGUAUUCCGUCGGACCAAAGAGGUGUAUCCUUAUCCAAGCCCACUGCAUGCCGUUGCCCUACAGAGCCCCCUCUUCACCUCCCAGAGCCAAGAGCAAUCACCAUCCCAAAGCCCUGAAGGAGCCCACCUAGACGACCAACAAGACUCCAACACGGAUCCAACUUUGCCUCUCCAGCCUCACAAGCCCACUACUUCACCUUCUUUCACCCAGCUGGAGCAAUACAUAUGUCGACUGGCUCACCAGUAUCGCAGUAGGUUAACCACCUCCACCUCAGAUAUCGCUUCAGCUGCAACCUCUGGCACUGUCACAAACAGAGGCUUUUUCACACCUGGCAAAAGUCACGGUUCCACCCAGUCCCUUUCUGCCUUCGAGAGCCGCAAUACACUCAGCAUCACUCCCUGCAAGUCGCUGCUUGGAAACUCUGCCAGAGUCAGCCUCAGCACUACCGGGAAAAAAGCAACAAGGAAUUCAAUCAACCUAGGUAACUUACCUUCAGCAACUGGAGAGGACUUGAAUAUAAAUCUACACCUCAACCUCAACUUGAACCUGACUCCUGGAUUAAAUUCCAGCCAGGGACUGGUGGACAAUUCCAAAAAUGGCAGUUGUGGAGCUUUAAGGAGUGACUUUGCUGCUACCUCCACAACCUCUGCUACACCGCUAUCCUCUGCUACACCCACCCCAGCACUUCGACCUCGCCCUCGCAUUUCAACAUGUCCAAGCAGCUUGAGCCACCGCAGCUCCCUGGAAGUCCCUUCAGGGCCCGGACCUAUUUCAGCAUUUGGGUCAUCUGCCUUCUGUCGCUCGUUAGACUGGAGCAGCGGUGCUCCCAACGACACUGGACCAUCAGUGUUUGGUACUAACUCUGGAUCAGCUCCUGGGUCUCAGCGCAGCAGCUUGAUCCAAGAGUACAGUUCCAGUCCCAAGGUCCAUGAAGACUCCCCCAUGGUGGAGGAGAUCUCCCGCCUCUCGGGACUGUCACGGGCUGUUGUGGUCGGUCUGAUGGAGCAAGGUGUGGAGCUGGACAUUGACUGCUUUCAAACAGAUUCUGCAGGCGAGGUGAGGGGUCACAGUAAAACUCACCUGACAACUCAAACAGAUCAGUCACAUGACUAUGCUAGACUGACUGACUUGAAUCCCCAGAGGCCAAUACAAUUGUCUCUCAGUGUGACCCAUUCUCCCCAGUCUCAGUCCAGCCCGACUCCCCCUCUCUCACACUCCAGCAGCCCCAUUCACCCUUAUCAUUCCAACCUUAUUCCCGCUCCCCACUACUCUUCACAUUACCACUACCAGCAGAUCCCUUCCCCAUCAGACAUUCCCUCGUCUACAGCAUCCUCUCCUGCGUCCCGGCCAAACCCCAGGGGCCGCUCACCUCCUCGGCCUCUCCAGCCAUCCCCUCUGGGUGCCACCCCGCUGUCUGUUUUCCGUCGGGACGCGCCCUUCCAAUGCUCGCUGCCUCGCACCAAUAUGAGGAGCUCUCCUUUGGAGCACGGCGGUAUUCAACAUCGGGGUGGAUCCCUUCGACAGAGUGGGGGAGUGGGCACAGGUAGUGGUGGGUGGAAGAGAUCGGAGGGGGAGGGGCUUUACAGAGGAAAGCAUGCCUCCCACAAGUUGGUCAGGGCCGCUACAGUAAGCAGCUACAGCAAGAGAGAGAACUAUCACUCAGAUUGGGGGGAAGAGCAGGAGAUGGAAUUAUCAACAGCCCAGACUCCCAGGAAGACCUCCAUCAAACUCUUCGGGGGCUUUGAGGGAAGCAUGUGGGGGAAAGAGUCGGAAAGCAAAAAGGAGGAGAUGGACAGAGCUGAGUAUGGCUAUGGAUGGAGGAGGAACAGCGUUGGAAGCUGGAGGAAGGAGCACCGAAAGCUGAAGGCUUCAUCCGGCAGUAAUGACAAGAAGCCAAAGGUAGAUAACUCCCCCAUUUUCCAGAAGAGAAGGGGGAAGGAUGACGGGGAGAGACGCAGCUCCAGUCUCAGGCUUUCCAGGAGAGCUUUGUUCAGGAGCGAGUCCCAAGGCUUGUUGAUGCCUCGUAACCACAGCAAGGAGCCCACAAAGCGGGCACACUGGGUCUCGUCAUUAGACGUCGGACAAGGUGGUAUGUACAUCAGUAAAGGUGAAGGGGUCAGACUGCUGCGAGCAAAAGAGGAAGACAAACACCUGUCCUCCACGGCCAGUCUCUUUAACCUCUCUCGUUCUCAGAGUCUUGAAGGCAGCUGCCACUCCAUCUCCCCUCUCUCCUCGCCUUCCUUUUCUCCAUCUCCUCCUCUGCAGAUGCCCCUCCAGCGCUCUCGAUCUCUAAGAGACUUGGGAAGGAGAGUGUUUGGCUCAAUGAGGUCCCUGAGUCUUAAACGGAAGCCAUCCAAAAAGUGACUCUUGUAUAAUAGAUGAACAUUUCAGUAAAUGUAUUUUCAAUGUGUUGCGUUCAGAACACUACUAACGGAUUGUAUUAUAGUUCAUGUAAAACAAAGUGCCAUCAUUUUAAGAAUUUAAGCUUCCAAGACAAAUGAUUGAUACAAGUACAAAUUCUGUUCAUUAAUUAUCUGCAAGUCCCUUUAUCAACCAUCAAUUAAGUCUUAUCAAUUCAAUUUGUUCUGGGGCUUAGACAUUCACUCAAAUCCUUUGUACAUUUUGAAAACAUGUUGAUGUUUUAUAGCCACCCAAAACUGCCAAAUUCUCCCAAACUGGAUCUGUAGCAUAAUCUGUGUGCUUUGUAUCGAGUGCACUGCCUCCAAAAGUUCACCACACUGGCAAUAUAUUGUUGUAAACUUUGUAACCUACAGUAGCAUCAAAAGGCACCGUAGGAUGCAGCGUUGCCCACCAACAAUUGUCAGCAAUUGAAACAUAGAUGACAACUUCCUUGAAAACUACAAACCUUAAUAAAAUUGGUAUCAUUGAGUAUCAGGGGAGUUUUAUAGUAUAUAUGCUGCUUCAAAUGAUUUGACAUUACAACAUCAUUCUGGGAUUGUUUUGUGGUUAAAAAGUAGCCUGAUUGGAAGUUAUUGAAUAUAUAUUAAAGAUAUGUUCAAUGAGCAGUGAGCACUAAGCAGCUUUGUUACAUAAUGACUGAAUCCUCCGAUAGACCCGAGUAUGAAUGUGUUUGUGUACAUUCCUCUUCUGCAUGCUGCUCUGUAACUCGUUCAGUAAUUAUAGCUAUUGUGAGAGUGGGAUUUUCUUGAUGUUUAUUGGCAAUAUUGCCUCUGAAGUACAAUCAUAUUGGCAAGACAAUGACCAAAACAAAGCAAAUACUCUUUAACUUGACAUAGUGCUCAGGAUUUUCACAUAAAUAUUGAAUCAUUAAUACUGCUGAGUUAUUUAAGACAAAAUGUGUCUUCAUGGCAAAUCAUGAUUAAAAUAUAUGUAUAAUGAAA